AUGGAUAAUGAUUUUUUUAAUUCCAGUGUUUUCGAGCUGGACCAGGCUCCUGUCGGCCAUUCUUUCACUUCAGGCGUGAUUCCCUCCACUAGAGAUGUCUCGCAGGGGAGGUUUCAGAACCCCGAAUGUGCAACGGACACCUACGAGCCCGCUCGAGACCGGCGAACGACGAAUCAGACCCGGAAGGGCGCGACACAGCAGUUCAAAGCCUCUACGCGCGUUCCCCCGUCUCGCCUAAAGUCCGGGAAUUGGGAUGUGGCACAGCGAGCGCCACAAGUGCGGAACAUGAUAGAUGAAAGGAUUGAUGACUUAGAGAAAAUACAGGCCCACAUACUGGAAGAACUACAACAACUACAACACAAACUUGAUCGAAUCGAGACAAAAUUGGCCGAGUGGCAGAAAACGCGGCAGGAAAGUGAAAGCAGUAGUGAGAUGAUGAUGCAAGUCGCUCAGGCAGCCAGUGUGGCACUUAAUUCUGUUCUGGGGAACCCGUUGGCAUCCAACACAGCUGAUUAA